AUGACCUUUACUGUAAACCAAGAGAUUGCCCAAUUCCAAGGAAAGUUGGCCAAACUUUCCCAUGAAUCCACCUCCACCAAGACAAAGAUGGAUGUCAAUGUGUUCCUCCCAGCAGUAGCACUUAAGUCAGAUGUAUCAAAUGGCUCAAUUCCUGUCCUUCUUUACCUUUCUGGUCUCACAUGCACCCCAAACAAUGCGUCUGAAAAGUCCUUCUUCCAAUAUUUUGCCAACAAGUAUGGCUUUGCCAUUGUCUUCCCAGACACUUCUCCACGUGGAGCCAACAUUGCUGGUGAAGAUGAUUCCUGGGAUUUUGGUACUGGUGCUGGUUUCUACGUAGACGCCACUGCCAAGCCUUGGAGUGAGCACUACAACAUGUACAGCUAUGUCCACUUUGAACUCCUUGAUGCCUUGAGUACCCAAUAUCCUCAAUUGGCCUUGAAGGAUAACAUCUCCAUCACUGGUCACUCCAUGGGUGGGUACGGUGCUCUUGCUGGCUUCUUCAAGAACCCAGGAAAGUACAAGUCAGUCUCUGCCUUUGCUCCAAUUUCUAACCCUCUGAACUGUCCAUGGGGUGAAAAGUGUUUUGGUAACUAUUUGGGUACUGACAAUAAAGAUGCUUGGUUGGAAUAUGAUCCAACCCAUUUGGUGAAGUCCUACAAAGGUGAUGCCUCGGAUAUCUUGAUUCAUCAAGGUGCUCAAGAUGGCUUCUACUACAAGGACCAUCAAUUGCAACCAGAAAACUUUGUCCAAGCAGCCAAGGACGCUGGUUACAAGGGAGAGGUCGACUUGAGGGUUGUCGAUGGUUAUGACCAUCUGUACUUCUUCAUCAGUUCCUUUGUGGAAGACCAUGCAAAGCAUCAUGCUAAGUACUUGGGCUUGUGA